CCCGGAAGUAGUUAAACCGCGCUGUGAACAUCUCUUUCCCUGCUUUCAUCUUUAGCUCUGAAUAUGUGCUGCUUUUUAGUCAGUAUGGAAGCCUAACACUUUGUAAGCACUGUAUCACCCACCCCCCUUCAUGUGAAACUUCAUCCCAGAUGCAGCCUCUCCAUGAACACCACAUCAUGUGUGUUUCUGCUCCAACUGUCCAGGAGGGGGUUCAGGCUUUGUGCGUCCAAAGCCCCCCGCUGCAGUUCCGGGGCCCCGAGGUUAACAACAAUGACUUCCUCUUGGCGUCCACAUAUGUCCCCCCCCUCUCACGUCUCCUGCAGCCGCUCUCAUUCCAGCAGCAUCAAGGUGCGCCCCUAUCUCCAGUACAUGAAGCGCAAGAUCAUAGCCCCCCCUUGUCCUCCAUACAGUCACGUGUGCCAGGUGGGGGACCCGGUGCUGCGUUCACAUGCAGCGGCUGUGGACCCUGCAGCUGUACCCGGCGCUGAGGUCCAGCAGGUCAUCAGGACUCUGGUGAAGGUGAUGCGGAGACUGGAGUGUGUGGGGCUGAGCGCGCCUCAGAUCGGUGUGCCCCUCCGCAUCCUGGCCCUGGAGUACCCCGAGCAGAUGUUGAAGGACAGUUCCCCCUCAUCCAGGGAGGCCCGGGGUAUCUCCGUCCAGCCGCUGAGGGUCUUUGUCAACCCCACGCUGAAGGUCCUGGAUGGACGCACGGCGCUCUUUCAGGAGGCCUGUGAGAGCCUCUCAGGCUUCUCUGCCACCGUGCCUCGCUACCUGUCUGUGGAAGUCUCCGGUCUGGAUGAGAGAGGGGGGGCGGUGACGUGGCAGGCCAGCGGCUGGCCGGCUCGGAUCCUCCAGCACGAGAUGGACCACCUGGAGGGGGUCCUCUACAUCGACCGCAUGGAAAGCAAGACCUUCAUCAACAUCCACUGGCAGGAACACAACGAGUAGAAGAUCCUCAGGACCCAAACACUGUGGAGCUGAAGACGUGCAGUGAUUUGAUCUGAUUCUCCAUCAUCUGCGCCAUCUUUCAUGUGAACAAUGUCCUGACAUACAGAAUGUGGUACAACUUGGAUUCUGUUUGUGAUUGGAUUAAGAGCUCAAAGUCAAUAUCAAUGACCUUAACCACUGUUUGUGUUGCUAGAAGCUGCCGGACAGAAACAGCAAUGAUCGUGCAGAUUAUCCCUUUAGGAUGAGAGUUAUGUUGUGUGGACCUCAGGUCCAUUUGAUGAAUAAAGAGGCCAAUAUGUUCGGAAUAAAAUGAGUUAAUGUCGGCUCACAUUGCAAUGAAUAAAUAAAACAAUUGGCAAAAAACUGAUAAAAAAAUAACAAAGGAUAUAAACCUUUUUUCUCUAUGACUUCCUUUUGUCUAACUUUAAUAAAAGUAGUUCUACUGGUUUUACAUGAGAAUAGAAACUGGAUGAAUCAACAUGAACUUUAUCAGGUCAGAAAGGGACUGGGGACAUGAGCCGGAACAAGAAGUGCUUCUAAUAGCUGAAGUGGCUUUUCAAAGAUUACUCUUGAUGCGCAGACAUUUAAAGAAUAGAAGUGUCAUUGUGAGUCUGGGGGACAUUUCGAAAUGAUAUUGCAAGUGUAGGUAAAAGGAGUGUGAAACAUCACGCAUAUUUGUGAAAUGGUUCUGUCGUGGCCUUCACUUGGUUUCUAAACUGCCCCCCUCUCAUUUCUCAAACAACCAUGUCAGAAAAUCGCUGUGGUUGUGGAAAGGAGGGCAAUCGGUUUCAGGAGGGUCAAAUGAUUGGCCUGCAUUAAGCAAAUAAAACAACUAAGGAGAUUGCUGAAACUACUCAAAUCAAUCCAUCCAUCUGGUCCACCAUGCCUAUUGUACAAUCCUAUGGGGGCAGUAAUAUGGUCUGGGGCAGCUGCAGUUGGCCAGGUCUAGGUCUAGGUUCAGUUAUGUUAUGUUCCCAAAGAAUGAGGUCAGCUGACUACCUGAAUAUACUGAAUGACCGGGGUUGUUUAUCAAUGUUGGGGAAGGCUGCUCCAGAGCC